CUCCGCUACCAUGAUGCUCUCUGCUGCAUCGCUCAUCCGAACGGCCUCUCUCUCCCCAUCGCUCAGCCUCCCGGAAAAAGCCGAAGCGCUCCGUGAACGCACGAGUCGCAUCCUCGCGAGCAGCCAUAAUUGGGAUUAUUCAGGAAUAAUUCGCCCAUUCCUGCCGUUUUCUUUUUGUCCUUUUUCUUUUUUAGCCACCGGUGUGAUGGAUCGUGAUGUGAGUCGACUGCGUGGGCGAUGAAGUGAGUCUCCGGCUGCCGUCUGUGGAUUUGUCAUCGGAGCAAAAGCCAUGUAUUUAUUCCGCCAUGGAGGCUUCGGUUGUGGACAAGUGAAGAUGUAGCGAACCUUCGCAGGGGAGCGAAACAAAGCCCGCAUCCUCGCCGUCCUCGGGGUCGCCUGCUUUUGAAGGAUGAGAGAAGAGAAGCGUCUGUGUGGACGAAACGCUCCGACGAUAAACAAGACGCUUCGCUUGCGCGAUCUUUUUUCCCCCUUCGUUUUUUGUGUCUCGCUGGCGAUAACUGUGGGUGGGUUAUUGACAUCGUUUGGAUAAACGGACACCAGAAACACACAGCCUUCGACGUGAUGCAACAUCAAAUCGGAGCAAGUGAACAGAUCCCGUCCGUGAAGCUGUGAAGGAGGGAGGCGAGAGGAUAUUUUUAUAUGUGGCAGAUCCUCCAUCCUGCUCUCUGUUUAUCACAUCCAGCCCUGCUCGAUGAGCCGGCGAUGAAUUGAUGCAUAACAGGUGUUGUUGGAGCACCGAAGAGCAUGGGGCGUUAUUACGAUGUGUUUUCAUCUCAAGUCAGGCUCCGGUGAAACAAAGACCAGACGUUUUCCUCCAGUUGUUUUUGCGAAGGAGCUCUGGAAAAUGAGGGGAUGAAAGGCGGGUCUUUCAUGUGGAAACGAUCCUCACAGUCUCUGCGUGUAAAGACCAGAGAGUGGUGGGAGCUGUGGGAGGAUCACUUGGGCGUUUAAGGCGGGCUCUCCAGGAAAGGAGGUAGAAUGGCGAACCAGAGCUUUGCCAUCGAUGGUCCGGGGAGUUUACUGGCUGUGCUGGCGUCACAGAGCGGACUGGGGCGAGGAGGCAGCAGCAGCAGCAGCAGCAGCGACCACAGCGGCGGAAUCUCCGCCACAGAUGUGUCCGCCUAUUUCAAGCUGGUCUUCUUGGGUCUGAUCAUUUGCGUCAGCCUUGUGGGCAACUUACUGGUCUCUCUGCUGGUCUUGCGAGACAGGACACUUCACAAAGCCCCCUACUUCUUUCUCCUGGAUCUGUGCCUGGCCGACGCAGUCCGCUCCGCCGCCUGCUUCCCCUUCGUGCUGGUCUCGGUCCACAACAGCUCGGCCUGGACUUACAGUGCCUUGAGUUGCAAGGUUGUGGCCUUCAUGGCCGUGCUCUUCUGCUUUCACGCUGCCUUCAUGCUCUUCUGUGUGGCCGUCACCCGCUACCUUGCCAUUGCUCACCACCGAUUCUAUGCCAAGCGCAUGACCAUCUGGACCUGUGCCGCUAUCAUUUGCAUGGUGUGGACCCUCGCCGUCGCCAUGGCCUUCCCGCCCGUCUUCGACGUGGGGACGUACAAGUUCAUCCGCGACGAAGACCAGUGCAUUUUCGAACACCGCUACCUGAAGACCAAUGACACGCUUGGCUUCAUGCUCAUGCUGGCCGUGGUGGUCCUGGCCACCCACGGCUUCUACGCCAAGUUGCUGCUCUUCGAGUACCGGCACCGCAAAAUGAAACCAGUGCAGCUGGUGCCAGCCAUCAGCCAAAACUGGACCUUUCACGGUCCUGGGGCCACGGGUCAAGCCGCCGCCAACUGGAUCGCCGGAUUUGGUCGUGGUCCGAUGCCACCGACUCUGCUGGGCAUCAGGCAGAACCUACACAAUCAGCACCGGCGGCUGCUGGGGAUGGAGGAGGUCCGGUCAGAGAGGCGGCUGGGCAGGAUGUUCUACACCAUCACCCUGCUCUUCCUGGUCCUCUGGGCCCCGUACAUUGUGGCCUGCUUCUGGAGGGUGUUCGUCAAGUCCUGCAGCAUCCCACACCGCUACCUGUCCAUCACAGUGUGGAUGAGCUUCGCCCAGGCUGGGGUCAACCCCAUCUUCUGCCUCCUGCUCAACGAGGAUCUGAGGAAGGUGCUGAGGGCUCACCUGCCCACCUACUGGAGGACUAAACAACACCUUCCCCAAGACGAGGCCUACUGCAUCAUGUGAUCACAUAAAGAGAAUGUUCCCGAGGGAAAGAGUGGAGAAAAAAAAUGCACCUUGGUCAAACAUAAGUGUCUCUUGUUGUUUUGCACAACAAAAUCACAUUCUCCAACAGAUGGAACGGUGCCAAUUCAUGAAAGAAUGUGAACUCGAAAGGUAGCUUUCCUGAUAACGUACUGUACCAUCCACCAGUCGGAAAGAUCCAAACAAUCGCCAACCAAGUGUGACAGAUGCCAUUUUAAAAUAACGUUGCCUUAUUUGAGAGGGAGGCUGAGAAUGAAUUCCACGUGUGAGAUGAAGAACAGAACAGACACUCGCGGGGUGCAAAUCCUUAAAGAGACCUGUGUUCCGUCUCUGGGUCGCAUCAAGGAACUCAAGGGGUGUGAAUGGGCACCCCGGACUCCUUUUUCAUGUAACGCAAAGGAGAAAAUCAAAAUGGACUUUUUCGUUUCUCUUCAAAACAUUUCAUUAGCUGUUGUGAACCCUGAAGGCUCUAACACGGUUUGUUUUCUUGGACUUGGCUUUGGGCGUGUCAGGUUUCUUUGUAUCAUAAAAAUGCCUGUUUUACCUUUCUUUGUAAGCGAUAUAUGUUAAGCAGAUGACACUAUUUUCAAAUAUGACUUAAUUUCAUAUUGUACAGACUGUAUAGGAAUGUCUGUUCCUGCUUGUGUGUUUUUAUAUCACGUGUGUGUAUGUGUGCGUGUAACAUGUAAAGGAAAGACAUGGAAGACAGCAGAAGAUGGAAGAAAGUGGAUUUACAGUUUCAUCCUGUGGUCUCAAGAUAAAAAAAAAAAUGGAGUCAUCACUCAAAUUUAUCUUUUAAACCGGCCUCUCUGAUAGAAACUGUCAUGAAUAUGAAUGUACUUAAUAAUCUAAAGCAGCACGGCGCGCCAGUAUGCUCCUGGAUUCUCCACUUGGCAUCAAGGAAAAGAGCGGGGUGACAGUUCAGGAAAAGAUUUCUCUACAUCCAGUAAAUAUCCAGGCCUCAAUUCAGCAUCAUCGACCUUAAAAAAACAGCCUUUAAUGUUGAUAUCAUUUGCUUUAAAUCAGUUGGAGAUAAACUUGGAGACUGGUGGCUGAGAAAACAGUGACUCGCGAGUAAAAUAUCAACGUGUUCCAGUCAGUAUCCUCGUAAACAUAAAGUGUUUCGCUUCACUCUCUCUCUUGGAACAAAAAGCAAGAGGGAUGUGACUCGUAGGUUGCUGCAGAGGCCAGUACCUGAUGCUCCAGGAGCGUACGGCGCUAACCAAAACGCUACUUAAAACCUGAAUUGGACCGGAAUGCUGCUCAAAAAGUGAUGAUGGUAAUUUGAAAAAUACUUGUAUAUUUAAAAAAAAAAGGCGACAGGAUUAAGUGAGUCAAGUAAUGAUGUAUAUUAUAUAAAAAAAUCAAUUUGCAAAACAAUAUUGAUUUGUGAAUGAUGAGCUUGAGAAUGUUUUUAAAGUGCUGUUAUGCUCUUACCACGACUCCAACUAAGGACAAGGUGUAGUGGCAUCUGACGUGAAGGAAACUUGAAUGUGACCCGACCCCCCUCCGAGUAACUUGCCCCGCCCAUUUGAGUGUCUGGAUCACGCUACGUUCGAAAACCCACAUGUCUUAAGGCCGGAUGUGACCCCCCGUCUGGAGGAAGGAAACCGCUUCAGACCACAUUCAGCUGUCUCUCCAAAUCUGAUGUGAUGCAAACGUCCGACCAGCAAACUCUUCAAAGCGUGGACACUGUACUAGCAUGUUCUCCACUGCAUUUCAUCGAGGCUACAGCCCAGGGAGGGGGGAGACUUGUACACAUGUGAAUACGGAAAGCGGGACAUGAACUGAGGUCCAUGGUUUUUACAUCUGGCAUUCCUUCGCAGAGAUGAUAUUCUGUAACUGUACAGUUUAACUGAGGUGGUUCUUUUGCCCACUCAUCAAUAAAGACUCUACUUUUGAUGCAUUUCAAGUACCGGAUGUUGAUGUGGCUCCAAUCGAGAGGGAACGUCAUACAUUUUCCGGCCUUUUUUUUCUCCGACGUAAUAAAAAAAAUGUGCGCUGUCACUUAGGCUGUGUACACAUGACUGCAUAAACUGAAACCAAAUCUUUCCUCCUCACUGAGCACUGACCGACAACAAGCAACGUCCCAGAGGGCUGGAGAUUUCUUACUUCCAAAUCAGAGAGGGACCGUAAGACGAAAUCCAGUUUUGUCCUUCAGAUGCAAUUGAAUUCAGUGAUGUGCAACCAAAGACGCCGGAGAUGAUUAUGGUCAGAACUUUUCAGGCAUUUUGAAGACUUCAUAUUGUCACUGUGUAGGUCAAAAUGGCUGACUGGAGUUAGGUGUGUCAGGAAAAAGCAUGUUCAUGUUGCUUUGGCUUUCAAAACUGCCAUCUUCCCUAACAAGACAGUCAGAACCUGUGCGCCUCCAUCCAUCAGUCACACCUGUUUGUGACCUCAAUACCCGAUGAGGCGUUCACUGACCACCGCGUGGUUCUACACUAGCUCUCACAAAAGCACUGCUUGAGAUCUGUCAAUAUAUAGUUGACUAAUCCCCUCCUUCUAAGAAACCUUCUUCCAGGGGAAGACAGAGGUGCUCCCUGACCAACCAGGAGACACCAGAGAAAACUAGUUCCUCUCCAAGUGGAAGAGCAGCAGCUCUACUCAUACUGUGCCCUGCAGAGCUAUUGAACAGUCUCCAUCCUAACCUCACUUCUGGAAACCCCUCAACAUUAUGUCAUGGAUUUUGAUCUUCAGUUUCUCCAGACUCAGAAACAAAUGGAUCCUCUGCCGAGCUCAGACAAGGCUCCUUUAAAAAACGAAUCUCCUUCAGAGCUGUUACACAACCAUCCAUAACAAUGGAGGUGAUGGAAACUCUGCAUGACUGACACUCAGCCACCAGAUUCCAUAUUAAGAGGACAAACAAUUUUGAAUUAGCGCUCAUUUACGUGGAGAGCUUGAAGUGAAAGGCUUUUAACAGCAGAGCAUUAACAGGUUGUAUGAGACUGCCUCUCCGUAAGUAAUGCCGAGGACUCAUCAGGGCUUAUUUUUAGUCUCCUUCCCACUUCCCACCACAACAAAGGCCGCCUUACUCAUUUGUGAGAACUAGUCCUUGUCCACUGCGGGCGCAGAAUAUGCUGAAUUGUGCAGGGCCUUGUUAUGCUGUCGGAAAAUUGGCCCAUUUCAAACUCAGCUUUCCCUGUAUAAACACGCCAGUCCCCAACAUUUGCUGCAGCGAAUAUUCUGGAGCCAAAUAAAAACAUUUUUAUAUGAAAGUCAUGCUGCUGAAAAUGAUAGAUGACUGCAAAAUUGGGUGAUUCCGUAUGGAGUCAUCUGUGAAUGCACAGAGCAGAGAUGCGUCCCAAGUGCCUGAAUCACCUCAAAGCAG